AUGGAAGGCGACGCGGCGGCGGCGGCGGCCGCCGUAUCCAAGGUGCUCUCCGACGACGAUCUCCUCGCCGAGAUCCUCCUCCGCGCCGGCUUCCCCACCACCCUCGUCCGCGCUGCCGCCGUCUGCAGGCGAUGGCUCCACCACGCCUCCGACAAGGCCUUCCUCCGCCGUUUCCGUAAGCUCAACCCGCCUCGCAUCCUCGGGUUCUACACCCAAAUAUUUCAAGGGGAUCCACGCUUCGUGCCUAUGCUUCCUCAGCCCCCCGAGCUGGCCGCCGCCGUCCGAAUCGUCAAGGGCUACAGCUUCGGCGCACCCAAUGAUGGGGACUCAUUGGUCAGUCACGAAGUAUUGGUCCACGACUGCCGGAACGGCAGCGUCUCCACCGCACUGCGCAGCACAAGGGACCACGCAAUGAGAUUUGAAGAAUUGUUGGGAUUCACUGUUGGAAUGCACAGCCCCCUUUGCCCCGAGAAAGCCAUGGCCAUCGACCCACCACUCUCACCCCACCACCAGCACCCCCAGUACCGCGGCCUGGGUCCAGCAGACUUUCUAAUCCUCUCCAGAGAAGAAAAGGACGGCAGUUUAUCUUACUUUUUUGUGCUUCUGGAGAACCCGACGAGCUUGGAUACAACAUCUGAAACAAAUUUUACGGUGCACGUGUUUAUGUUGAAAGAUGGAGCCUGGUGCAUGCUUGCCUCGGCCACGACACAGAUCGAUGAUUGGCGGGAGGACAUACGAGCUGUGCUGGUUGACAAUAGAAUCUACAUCAUGGCCACCUACAUAGAGAUUACCGUCUUGGAUCUGACGACCUCAAGUUUUUCCACAGUUAAACUCCCACCAGGACUGAGCGACUCCAUGAUAUCACGGGCUGAUGAUGCUUCCAGUGUGUAUCUAGUCGGGAUGAAAGAACAUCAACUUGGCAUAUGGCUCCACAAGGGGGACAGCUGGUCGAUUGUGGGUACCAUUUGUUUGCUUGAGAUGUGUGCAAAUCUAAUGAUGUCAGACUGCAGUAUUAAGGAUGUGGUUAUUUCUCCUCUCUGGAUAAUCCAUGUGGGGGACAACGCUGAGUUUGUGAUCUUGCAAAUGGGUCGGUCUGUGUUCUAUCUUGAUACAAGGGGCAGGACACUCCGUACAUUGUAUGAGACGCCAGAAGAUGAACUAUACCAGGUGGAUUUUAGUAUCCAACCUUUUAUGAUGAUCUGGCCUCCCACAUUCCCUGCGCUGAAGUGUGAUCCUACCAGAAAUGCCAUGUGAAGAUGGAAGGUAUUAGGGAGCUCUUGGAUGGUAUCUAGCUACGGCGGUGAGACGAGGGUGGCAUCAUGGAAGAGCAAUAGUAGUGAUCUGCAUUUUCUCAAGUACCUGAUAGGCUGAUAGCAGUUCGAACUGCCCUUAUUAUAACCUGCAAUUAAUUUAGGAAUUAGAGUGCGAUGUUAGGUAUCCUGUGGUAUGUUCACUGUUUUCAACCGAUUCUUCGUUUGCGGUUGAGAAGAGAAGACCUGUAUGUUGAAUAGUUAUCUCUACUCGUGUUACUGCUAUCGUGUCGCGGUCUUA